AUGAACCCACAAUUCAAGCUGGAGAAACUACAUCUGUUAGGGUGCAGUAUUACAAAGAAACAGAGUCUCAUCCUGACUUCAGCUCUGAAAUCAAACCCGUCACACCUGAGAGAGCUGGACCUGAGCAGGAAUAAUCUAGGAGACUCUGGAGUGAAAAACCUCAGUGAUCUACUGAUGAACCCACAAUUCAAGCUGGAGAAACUACAUCUAUAUCACUGUGGCAUUACAGAUGUUUCUUCUUUAACUCAGUCUUUGACGAACUCAAAAGCUCUGCAGUUUUUAAAAGAGCUUGAUCUGAGACUCAAUAAGAUCGGAGACUCAAAGCAGCGGCUCAGAGACGAGCUACGAGACUCAAACUGUGACCUGAGAGUAGAUGAAGAUCGAUCAUCAAACAUCUCUGAUGAAGAUCAUUCACCAAACUCUAAUGAAUUCUUUAUAUCAUAGUUUGAAAUCAUCAUGAGAGGAUCAGAAACCAUCAGGUGAUCCACAGAAGAGUCUCACUGCUGUCUAUGAGGAGAAAUACAUGUGUAAAUGUGUUUCAUACAGGUGGAAGAGACUCAGACUUCACUAUUAAAUAAAGCAGCGUGUGUGUUAGCAUGCGUAUUAGAAACAUGUGAUAUUGAAUAAUUAAUGUUGGUUUAUUAUUCAGCCAAAUGAUGGUUUAGUUGUAAUUAAAGGUGGAACAGAGGAAGAAGCUCAGAUGAGUGUCAGCAGAAAUCUUCACUAUCAGGCCUGCAAAUAUAAUAA